CUUCGGCAACCGCUACACGGUCGAUAUGGCGACCGAUCUAAAAACGCGACAUUUUCUUAAGAAAAGAUGAAGUUUGUCAUACUCACGUUGGAUGAGUAUCAUGUUUCACACUAUGUGAUGAGCACCUACGGCGUGUGAACCUAUUUAAGAACUCCUGUGUUCAGAAGAUUUUUUGAUUCCAGUGGAAUCUUCCAUUCUUUUCUUCUUUUCUUUUUUACACCAAACACCUAGUGUGUGUCACUCUGUCUCUGUCACACACACACACACACCUAACCACUCACUCUGAGAAGCAUUCUUUUGUGGAAUACCUACUGCAUUUACAUGUAGACCAAGACCUGCUACGAUGCCUGUGCAAGCUCCACAAUGGACAGAGUUUCUGCUGUGUCCGAUAUGCACCCAGACGUUCGAGGAGACAGUACGUCGGCCCAUCAGCCUGGGUUGUGGCCACACUGUUUGCAAGAUGUGCCUAAACAAGCUGCACCGCAAGGCCUGCCCCUUUGACCAGACUGCUAUCAACACUGACAUAGAGCAGUUGCCUGUUAACUCAGCCCUCCUGCAGCUGGUUGGAGGCCAGGUGCCCAAACCGCAGCCAGUGGCACUGAUCACCUCCCCCGAAGAUACCAAACAUUAUGAUGAGGCAAGACAGUGUGUGGAAGAGCUGGCCCUUUAUCUUAAACCCCUCAGCAGUGCCAGAGGUGUGGGGCUGAGUAAUGCUGCUCAGAGCGCGCUGAGUCGACCCAUGCAAAGGAAACUGGUCACGCUUGUGCACUGCCAACUGGUGGAAGAGGAGGGCAGGGUGAGAGCCAUGCGGGCAGCCCGCUCACUGGGCGAACGCACUGUUACCGAACUCAUCCUGCAGCACCAGAACCCCCAGCAGCUCUCCUCGAACCUGUGGGCGGCAGUGAGGGCACGGGGCUGCCAGUUCCUCGGACCAGCCAUGCAGGAAGAAGCCCUGAAGUUAGUUCUGUUGGCAUUGGAGGAUGGCUCUGCCCUGUCCCGGAAGGUACUAGUACUCUUUGUGGUCCAGAGGCUGGAGCCCAGGUUUCCUCAGGCAUCCAAAACCAGUAUCGGACACGUUGUUCAGCUCUUAUACAGAGCGUCCUGUUUCAAGGUGACAAAGCGAGAUGAGGACUCUUCCCUAAUGCAGCUGAAGGAGGAGUUCCGCACGUACGAAGCCCUUCGGCGGGAGCACGACUCUCAGAUCGUCCAGAUCGCCAUGGAGGGGGGUCUGCGCAUCGCCCCUGACCAGUGGUCCUCUCUGCUUUAUGGAGACCAGUCCCAUAAGUCUCACAUGCAGUCGAUCAUAGACAAGUUGCAGACUCCAGCAUCAUUUGCCCAGAGUGUGCAGGAGUUGACCAUCGCACUACAGAGGACUGGAGAUCCAGCCAAUCUCAACCGGCUGAGACCUCACCUUGAACUGCUGGCCAACAUCGACCCCAGUCCAGAUGCGCCGCCUCCCACAUGGGACCAGUUGGAGAAAGGACUAGUGGCAGUGAAGACUGUGGUUCACGGCCUUGUGGACUUCAUCCAGAACCACAGUAAGAAGGGAACGGACCAGCAGCAGCCGCCUCAGCACAGCAAGUAUAAGACGUACAUGUGCCGGGACAUGAAGCAGAAAGGGGGGUGUCCCCGCGGGGCCAGCUGCACCUUCGCCCACUCACAGGAAGAGCUGGAGAAAUACCGGAAGAUGAAUAAACGUCUAGCUGCACGUCUGCCCUGUCCCACCGGCCUGCUGCCCGAUGAAGGCGUGUCAGUGGAGGGUAUAACCCGUAAGCCAUCCCCUCUGACCAAUGGCAUUGUGGCCACGGGCCCAGGGACGCCCUUGCCCCAGCUCAUCGCCCGUGGCACUGACUCUUCCUAUGACCUGGUGCGAAAACCCAAGGUGGACGGCACGAGUCUGAGCGCCCCUGGAUCGCCCCCUGAUCCUCUGGAUAAAUCCGGAAUGCCCCAUAUCUUGCCCCACCCCAGGGCGGACCACCUGCCCCUCCCUAAGCAGGUGCCUGUGGUUCCCCGUGCCCCCCAGAUGUACCCGCAGCAGCAGCCGGAGCUCUUUUACCCAGACGCUCGGCCUCCUCCCUCAGGGUCCCAGUACGAUGCCCAGUACCCUACAGGUAACCCCUACCCAUACCAGCCUCCCCAGUAUGUGCCAUCCCGCUACAUCCGUAACCCACCACCUCCAAGCGAUUCUGCCAUGACACCUUAUCAGGACCCUUAUCCUGGCUAUGGCCCCGAGCGCCCGUACCCAGGCCCCCAUUCCGGCCCCCCAUUCUCAGCUCCGCACCCGUACCCUCCCCCAUCCCACUACGACGCUCAAAGGCACACCCCCUAUGCCGGACCCCCUCCACCCCCUCAGUCCUUUGCCCCGCCAAGAGAGGACCUGGUUAGGAUGAGCCCUGUGCCCCUUGACAUACCUCCAGCACCCAUGCCUCCACCUUCCACGGGGGCUGCAGGGUCCUUGUACCACCCAGAAUCGUCUCUGAGGGAGCGUUACCCACCUGAGGGCUAUUACCCAGCUGGACCUCACCCCGGCCAGAUGAGGUCCCAUGUAAGGGACCCCUACAGCCGUACCCAGCACAGUCUGGACUAUUUGCACCGCAGACGCAAGGAGCUCCUUGUUCAGCUGGAGGAGAGGAAGGUCAUCUCUCCACCACCCUUUGCUGCUUCCCCCACUCUGUCCCAUGCCUUCAGCAGUGAUUACCCUCAGGAGUAUUUGGAGGAUGGCUCUAAGAGCUUUGGGACGGGCAGAGAGUCAGACUAUGCUGGCCAGUACUCCCCCUGGUCAUGUGACACCAUUGGAUCUUACAUUGGCUCUAAGGAUGCCAAGCCCAAAGAUGUCAUGGCGACUGCUGCAACGGAAAUGAUGAAUGUUGAGGGGAAGAGUCUGAGGGAACCGCCCAUUGAUGCUCAGCGGCGGUCGGCAGAAGCUAAAGACGAUGACCCCAUCAUCCCCUUUGGCCCUCUGCCCACUGUCUCGCCUUUUGGUGCCAUCUCUCGGACAUCCAAAACAGGGUACCAAACCACCGGCCCAGUGCAAGCCAUGGCGUCCUCACAGGCCUCUGGCUCUAAGCACAUGACCAUGACAGCAGAGUACUCCUAUGGGAACCAUGGAGCCUGGAGUGGAUCUUCUUACCCUCAGCACCAGAGUGUGGGAUCUCAGGGACACUUCAGCGAACGACUGCCCAUUCCAGCCCCUGAUCGCGAACAGCUGAAGAUUGAACUCCAACAGGUUAACCAACAGAUCAGUCAGCAGACCCAGAUCCGAGGCAUGGAGGCUGCUAGUAACUCUCUGCUGUUGCAGAGAGAAGCCAGUGCUCUGGCUUCCCAGCCUGCUGCUACCACUAAAUGGCCUGCAGGGGGUGCUGUGUCCAGCGAGCAGCUUAGUCUAGAGCUGCAUCACGUGGAGAGGGAGAUUGGAAAGCGGACCCGUGAAAUUGCCAUGGAAAACCAGGUGGCCCACGAGGCCCAGUAUAAACUCAAAGCCACUGAGAACGGUCAGCCUGACCACAAAGCCCAGCUGGAGGAGCUCUCUCUCUCUCUGGGCGACGUCACUAAUGGAUCGAGUAAUUUGGUGCCAGCCAGUAGUGUGGGUGGAACCAUUUUGUCUUUGAGCAGUAAGACAUCUGCACUCAGUCUCUGCUCUGCCGACCAAGCAUCAAGUGCUUCAGAGAUUCAGAAGAAUGGUGUUGUGCACUCCUGCUCCUAGAGCUCAGUCACACACAUACACAAACAAACAAUAGGAACUUAUUGUCCAUAGGGCCUCAAUACAUCAGACCUCUGAAUCAAGAUCAGAAUGAAACGCAGUUAACAGCAUUUAUACAAAAACACACACACGCACGCGUGCGCAUAUACA